AAAAAAUGAAAAUUGAAAAUAGGUUUAAAGAUAUAAUGAUCUUUAUUAUGUGUAUUUUAUAAGAUGUUGUUAAGCAAAUUUAAGAAAUUAUAAAUUUUCAUAUUAUUAUCUUGAUUCUUAGAAUUUUGGCCAUUUUAUUGUGAUUUAUUUAUUAUAUUUUUUUAUUAUUGUCUAAUAUUUACUAAAAUAGUUGAGAUGUAAUUGAAUGAUUUAAAAUAAAUUAAAAUGUUUAUCACAUCUUUUAAACACUUUAGUCAAUUAUUACCUACUCGCCAAUUUUGUUUUAUAAAACACUAUUGUCAUUGUUCAAAACAAUAUGAUGUGAUCGUUGUUGGUGGUGGGCAUGCUGGAACUGAGGCAUGUUCUGCCGCCGCUAGGAUGGGAGCAUCUACUUUAUUAGUGACUCACAAAAAAUCAUCUAUCGGAGAGAUGUCAUGUAAUCCUUCAUUUGGUGGUAUUGGUAAGGGACAUCUUAUGAGAGAGAUUGAUGCAUUGGAUGGACUUUGUGCAAAAAUUUGUGAUCUCUCGGGCAUUCACUACAAAGUUUUAAAUCGCAGAAAAGGACCAGCUGUAUGGGGUCUAAGAGCUCAGAUUGACAGAAAACUUUAUAAAAUGCAUAUGCAAGCACAGCUUUUUGAAAAUACUCCUAAUCUUGAUAUUAUUGAAGGAUCUGUAGACAACAUUUUACUUGACAGCGAUAAUCAAUGUACAGGAGUGUUAUUAGAAAAUGAAACAUUGAUAAGAACUAAAUGCGUUAUAUUGACUACUGGAACAUUUUUAAAUGGCGAAAUGUACAGUGGAAUGACUGUUAAGGCAGGAGGCAGGAUCAAUUCAAAGCCUUCUAUUGGCUUAGCUAACACUUUAAAAAGUUUAGGAUUUAAUAUAGGAAGAAUGAAGACUGGUACACCACCUCGAAUUGAAAAACAAUCUAUUAAUUUUACUAAUUUAAAUUAUCAGCCAGGAGAUGAUUUACCAACACCGUUUUCGUUUAUGAACAAUUCAGUUUGGCUGAAACCUGAAGAACAAAUAAAAACUUAUUUAACAUAUACUAACAGUAAAGUUCACCAAAUUGUAAUUGAUAAUUUAAGUAUAAAUCGACAUAUUAAGGAAGAAGUAAAGGGUCCUCGAUAUUGUCCAUCACUUGAAUCUAAAUCUCUCAAAUUUCGUGAUAGAAAUCACCAGAUAUGGCUUGAAAUAGAAGGCUUUGAUAGUGAUAUAGUUUAUCCAAAUGGUCUAUCAUGUACGCUGCCUGAAGAUUUGCAAGUAAAAAUGAUAAGAAGUAUAAACGGACUAGAGAAUGCUAAUAUUGUCCAAUAUGGGUACGGAGUUGAGUAUGAUUAUGUGGAUCCGCGUGAGUUGUAUCCUACAUUGGAAACCAAAAAAAUUGGCCGAUUGUUCUUUGCUGGUCAAAUAAAUGGAACAACAGGUUAUGAAGAAGCAGCCGCUCAAGGUAUAUUGGCUGGAAUAAAUGCUGGUGCUAAAUCCCUAAACAGAAAUAGUCUUACAUUAAGUAGAACCGAGGCUUAUAUUGGUGUACUUGUUGAUGAUUUAACCACACAAGGCACAGAUGAACCAUAUCGUAUGUUCACUGGUCGAGCUGAAUUUCGUUUACAUCUAAGGCCUGAUAACGCAGAUAUUAGACUAACACAGAAAGGUUAUAACAUUGGUUGUGUCAGUAAGAAACGUUUUGAUCAAACACUAAGUAUACUUUCCGCUUUAGAAGAAGGAACUAAACUAUUAAAAUCAGUUUCUCAGACUAUGUAUAAGUGGAAGAAAUCAUUGGGCUUAAAAACUUCUAGAAACCCAGAUACCAAAACGGCAUUUGAUAUGUUGGGCCUAUCUACAGAAGGUAUAACAUUACAACAGCUGGAAACAGUACUUCCUGAUAAAUUUAGUGGAAAGUUUGAAGACAAUCGAAUUUGCGAACGUCUAAAAAUUGAAGCUUUAUACCAAGCAUCUAUUUACGAUCAACAAGAAGAUAUUGAGCGUGUAGAACUUGAUCAAUCUCUACUUGUACCUAAGGACAUAGAUUAUACACAUACAUCGCUAAGUAUAUCAAAAGAAGAAAUUGAAAAGUUAUCCUACAUUCGACCACAAACUAUUGGAGCUGCUAGUCGAAUACCCGGUGUUAAAUCCAGCACUGUUUUAAAACUAUUGUAUUAUAUUAAAAGCCAAAAGAUAAAUAUACCAAUAAAUUAAGUAUGCAUA